AAGCUAAGGUUUCAUUUCUGCAAUGGCAGUGGCAAUGACAAUGACAAUGGCAGGGCUGCACCCUAACAAACACUUGUUUCUUCUCAUCCUCUUGGUUGUUACUUCUUUGUGGUUUUCCUACAUUGAGUCGUCCUCUAGAUAUGAUCAAGAAGAGCUGCUGCAAUGGCUGGAUGGAAAAGAUGCUGCUGCUGCUGCUGCUGCUGCUGCUGACGAUGAUGAUGAUGAAAUAAGCAUGAUCCAAGCAAGCCAUUCAUCUCUCAGAACCUGUGAUUUCACCAAAGGAAAAUGGGUGUAUGAUCAAACAUACCCACUCUAUGACGCCACGUGUCCUUAUCUCAGCACCGCCGUCACCUGCCGCAAGAACGGCCGUCCCGAUUCCGACUACGAAAAAUGGAGAUGGAAGCCUGAUGGCUGCACAAUCAGAAGAUUUGAUGCAUUGGAGUUUCUUGGGAAAAUGAGGAGGAAAAGAAUGAUGCUAGUCGGCGAUUCGAUAAUGAGGAACCAAUGGGAGUCCCUUGUUUGCUUGGUUCAGUCAGUCAUCCCGACUGCGCGAAAAACCGUUGUGUACAAUGGUCCUACAAUGGCCUUUCUUGCUUUAGAUUUCGAGAUGUCAAUAGAGUAUUGUUGGGCUCCAUUUUUAGUGGAGUUGAGAAGAGGACGCGAUCGGGAAAGAAUACUAAACCUCGAUUCCAUAGAAGAGAAUGCUAAGUACUGGCGAGGAGUCGAUGUUCUUGUCUUUGAUUCUGCUCAUUGGUGGACUCAUUCGGAUAAAUGGAGCUCGUGGGAUUUAGUGAAAGAGGGCAACAAUUUAUACAGAGACAUAAAUCCAGCAGUUGCAUAUGAGAAAGGGCUGAUGACAUGGGCAAAGUGGAUAGACUUAAAUCUUGAUCCAAGAAGAACUAAAGUCUUCUUCAGAAGCAUGUCUCCAAGCCACAACAGAGAUCAUGGCUGGAAAUGCCACAACCAGAGUGAGCCCUUGGAGCAUCUUAGUCGACCCCGAGUCCCCGAACAGAUACUAAUCCUGCAGAAGGUGUUCAAACGAAUGCAAUUCCCAGUGUACAUUCAGGACAUUACAUCACUUUCAGCUCUCAGACAAGACGGGCAUCCUUCAGUUUACGCUCGAGCAUCGUCAUCUGCCGAAAAGAACAACCAGAAAGUUAAGGGCCACGCUUCCGACUGCAGCCACUGGUGCUUGCCUGGCGUGCCCGAUGCCUGGAACGAAAUGCUGAGCAUAAUGCUCUGAAGCAUCAAGAUCAGAAUAUAUACAUAUGGUUUCGUAAAGUUUACGUGCGAUUUUAUCUAAAAAGUUUCGUCGUUGUUGCUUAGAAUUUGGAGUGAUGUUAGAUGUGGGAAGCUUAAGUGUUUGUAAGAAUGGCUGGCUGGCAUGUCUGCAUGAAUUCAGAAGUGUAAGAAACUGAGGGGCAAGGAUGGAUCUUGUCAGGAGUUCCCAAGAUAUGUCCAGAUAUGGUUUGGUUUUCUUUGA